GGCGAUUAGUGCAGAACAGUGGUGCGCAAGCGCACCCUUUAAGUUGUUGUUAGUGGCGGUAAGAUGGCGGCGCUCGGAGAUGCAUCAGCUCCGGGGGUGAAUGGGUUAAUACAACAAUUCACAGCUAUUACAGGGGCAACAGAGAGUGUAGGGAAGCAUAUGCUGGAGGCAUGCAACAACAACCUAGAGAUGGCAGUGACCAUGUUUCUAGAUGGAGGGGGGAUUGCAGAGGAGCCCAGCACCAGCUCCAGUUCAGCAGCAACCUCCAGCAGCAGAGUUCCCCCCACAGAUGAUGAUGUACGGGCGCCUAUUCCCCAAAAGCAGGACAUACUGGUGGAGCCAGAGCCACUGUUUGGAGUGCCAAAGCGUAGAAGACCAGCUCGGUCCAUAUUUGACGGCUUCCGGGACUUCCAAACAGAAACCAUCCGACAGGAGCAGGAGUUGAGGAACGGCAGUGCGGUAGACAAGAAGCUGAGUACCCUGGCAGACCUGUUCCGCCCUCCUAUUGAGCUCAUGCACAAAGGCAGUUUUGAGACGGCAAAAGACUGCGGUCAACUGGAGAACAAAUGGUUAAUGAUCAACAUCCAGAAUGUGCAGGAUUUUGCCUGCCAGUGCCUGAAUAGGGAUGUGUGGAGUAACGAUGCUGUGAGGACCAUCAUCAGAGAGCAUUUCAUAUUUUGGCAGGUGUACCACGACAGUGAAGAGGGACAGAGAUAUAUCCAGUUCUAUAAAUUGAACAAGUUUCCCUAUAUAUCCAUCUUGGACCCCCGCACAGGUCAGAAGAUGGUGGAGUGGAACCAGCUGGACGUUGCGUCCUUCCUUGAGCAAGUGACGGGGUUCCUGACGGAACAUGGCCAACUCGACGGCCCAUCCAGCCAAGCACCCCCCGCCAAACGUGCUCGCUCGGAGAGUCUGAUAGAUGCCAGUGAGGACAGUCAGCUUGAAGCAGCCAUCCGAGCCUCCCUCCAAGAAACCCACUAUGACUCGUCCUUCGCCCCGGAUCCCCCAGACUCCCCCCGAUCCGAAGACGACUCGGACGCAGAGCCCUUUACCGAUAGCGAGGGCGUCAUCUCUGUUGACUGCUCUGACAACGAGACAGCAGAGGUCCAGGAGGAGGGCAGCUCCUUGAGUCAACAUAACCCUGCUGGACAAGCCAAUCCUACUCCCACUGUCCUGCAGUCUCUCCGACCCGACAGCCCUCCAACUCGUCACAGGAAGUCACCCUCUAAAGAGAAUAACCACAGGAAAGAAGAGAGCAAAAAGAACCACCUAGAACCUCUGGUGCCUGGGCCCAGUUGUUCCCAGCCUGACCCAGACUCGGAGCAUUGUUUGGGGGAGAACCAUCGCACUUCAAGUAGCUCCAGACCUGCUAAGACCAGCACCACAGAACCCUAUGACCUUGACUGCCUUGACGACAAUGGUCCUAAAACCAGACUGAUGCUUCGCUACCCGGAUGGACAAAGAGAGCAGAUUGCCCUGUCAUCUAAUGCCAAGCUUAUGGCCUUGGUGAGACACGUCCAAAGGAAGGGUUAUCCCAACGAACGCUUUGAGCUCGUCACCAACUUCCCUAGACGGAAGCUGGCUCACUUGGACUAUGACAUCACACUGCAGGAGGCGGGACUCUGUCCGCAAGAGACUGUAUUUGUGCAGGAGAGGAAUUAGCCCACUCUGAACUAGCCCUCAUAUCUAUCUAUAUAUGGUAGACCUGUAUGUCUCUGAUCACCUGGGAGGAUGGCAACACAGACCUCUCUUUUCUUCAUUUUGGAUGACCUUAGGCCACAGCCAGGACACCUGCUGGAUGGACUUCACUUCUUACCAUGCCACUGGGUGGAGUCCCUGGCCUGGGAACAUUUGUCUCGAAUGAGCACCCGUCAUUGUGCACUGCCUGUGGCCAAUUAAGAUGUCAUUGGUGGCAUAGCCUUCCCUCUUUUAUUGGACCCUGAUGUUCUCUAUUCUGAUAUACUUUUAUUCUUAGACAUACAGAGUAUAGUAGAUUGAACAUGCAAUGAACAAAGUGUUCCAAAUACUGUUAAGGCUGGUACAUCAGCACCAGAUUCUUCAAAAGCAAAUUCUUGUGAUUAUUCAAAAGCGGGGCUCGACAUCAGUGCUUAUCCUCUUGUCCGGGACAAGCAAACUUUUGGGUGGAUGAAAGUGGUAUGCUGGGAAACAAAAAAUCUAUGUGAUAAUUUUUUUUCUAGAAUUUACAUAGCUUUGACGCUGCAUGUUGUUAACAACUGACAAGUUAGUGUUUUUAAAGCAAGGACCAAACCACCUACAUGUUGUGCUCGUGAUCUCAGGUUUAUUUCUCUGAGGUGUGCGUGCAUUAGUUCAAAUUAGAUGUGCAGAUUUUUUCUUUCAGUAUGUAGGAUGAUGAAGAUGAUGAUCCCAUUUGUCAUAUGCCUUUGUUCUUUGUUAUUAUCACAGCAUACCAUUAACUGCCAUCAAGUGUCUCCAAUAAACAAUACAGGCGCUA